CAGCCCCCAGCCCCCAAACCGGGGCGGCUCCUGGUGCGAGAGAAGGGCACCUACUUUGUCCUGCGAGAGUUGCACAGGUGGGAAGAGGACCGUGGGGUCCGCGCUGCCUGUGAAAAGCUGAUCCAGGUCUUGAUUGGUGAUGAGCCCGAGGCUGGGAUGGAAAACCUGCUGGAGGUGAAGAUCCCCACAGAGGUGGAGCAGCAGCUGCAGCGCCUGGACCAGCAGGAGGAGGAGGAGGAGGAGGAGGCCCUGCUGGGAAGACUUGUGUGAAAGUGGAAGGAACCCCCCCUCCCCCUCCAGUGCUGGGCGAGAAAGAACGUCCUCCUUUGUGGCUGGUCUUGGCAUUUGGGCACCAAAAUCCCCGCCCCGCCUUGGCUGCCAAAGGUGCUCCUUGGCACGGCCUAGAGACUGAGGGUGCCACGAAGGCCAUUACUCUGCAGCCUGGGCAAGCGAGAGCUGGCAUCCCUCCAGCCCCAGGAAGAGGGGAGGGAAGGGGGGGGCUGGGGCUCCCCUCAAUAAAGGCUGCGGGGCACUUUUC